UCUUUUUAGUUUUUCCUUUUCAAUUUUAUUUUAAAGUAAAAAAAAGUAUAUAUAUAUAAAUCUAUUGUUUUCUUUCUUUUUCCCUUUUCCUAUCUUUUUCUCCUAAAUUCUCUCACCUUCACUUUCUUUCAAUCAUCUUACCUUUGUUAACAAACUGCUGCUGAAAACUAUUUCUUUACUAUUUUGAUUUUGUUUUUAUUCCAGAGAAAAAACAGAACAAUUUUUCUUAUUUAAUUUGAUUCAUUGUUUUCGGCCAAUUUUUUUCCAGCCGUUAUCUUUUAUUUGAUUGCAUAUAGAUGUUUGAUUUUGCCUGUUGAUUACUCUUCUUCUCUAAUCAAUGUAGCUGGGUUUUUUUUUUCCUUUUCUGAAUUAGGGUUUCAGUUUUAAAAAAUUGGGGAUUUUGCUAUCAAGCUGUGUAGUUGAGGAAACUGGAGGAGCCUUUCUGAUAAUUAUAAUGAUAAAAGUUUGUUUUUUUCUUUGUUGUGCUUAGAUUGAAAUUUCCCUGCAUCAUUUCCGAAUUUUAUUUUUAGCGUCAUCCGUCCUAGGAUUUCAUUUCUUUCUUUUAGUCAAAAGCUCAGACUUUUUUUUUUUUUGACGAUUUUAUCCCUGCUGAUUAUUGAAGAAGAUUAAGAAUUUUUUUCUUCGUUUGAUCUAUUGGAGUCAUCAAUUUGGUAAAUCCCCCAAGCUUUAAGGGAGUUGUUUUGGGGGCAAUAAAUAUUGAAUUUGAAAAAAAUCGAGUGAAAACAGCUUAGAUUAAGCUCUUUUGGGGGCAUUUGGUAUUGUUGAAGAGAUAGAGAGUAGCUUUUGUUUUCUUGGCUUGAGAUGGAUCGUGUAAUUGGUGGUAAGUUCAAGCUUGGAAGAAAGAUUGGGAGUGGUUCUUUUGGAGAGCUUUAUUUAGGGGUAAAUGUGCAAACUGGAGAGGAAGUUGCUGUCAAACUGGAAUCUGUGAAGACCAAGCAUCCACAGCUUCAUUAUGAGUCAAAAUUGUAUAUGCUUCUUCAAGGAGGAACUGGCAUUCCUCACCUUAAGUGGUUUGGAGUUGAGGCGGAUUACAAUGUCAUGGUAAUUGACCUUCUUGGACCUAGUUUGGAAGAUCUGUUCAACUACUGCAGUAGGAAACUCUCAUUAAAAACUGUGUUGAUGCUUGCUGAUCAGUUGAUUAAUAGAGUAGAAUAUAUGCAUUCGAGGGGUUUUCUUCACCGUGACAUAAAGCCUGACAACUUCUUGAUGGGCCUAGGACGCAAGGCAAAUCAGGUGUAUGUCAUUGACUACGGCCUUGCAAAGAAGUAUAGGGAUCUUCAAACUCAUAAGCAUAUCCCAUACAGAGAAAACAAGAACCUCACAGGCACAGCUCGUUAUGCGAGUGUGAACACUCACCUUGGUAUUGAGCAAAGCCGAAGAGAUGAUUUGGAAUCCCUUGGCUAUGUGCUUAUGUAUUUCCUAAGAGGAAGCCUUCCCUGGCAGGGGCUAAGAGCUGGCACGAAAAAGCAAAAAUAUGAUAAGAUUAGUGAAAAGAAGGUAUCAACUCCUAUAGAGGUGCUCUGCAAGUCAUAUCCGUCCGAAUUUGUUUCAUAUUUUCAAUACUGUCGAUCUUUGCGGUUUGAAGAUAAACCGGAUUAUUCAUAUUUGAAGAGGCUUUUCCGAGACCUGUUUAUAAGAGAAGGUUAUUCGUUUGACUAUGUCUUUGACUGGACUGUAUUGAAGUACCCACAGAUUGGUGGUAGUUCCAGAAGUAGGCAUUCCAGUGGAAGGGCAGGUUUAGCUGCAGGACCAGCCAUUGAAAGGCCAGAAAGAAUCUCAGUGGGAAGAGAGGUUCGGGAUAGAUUCUCUGGUGCUGCUGAAGCAUUUUCCAAAAGAAACAUUUCGAGUACUAGCCCUCGUCAUGAUCAUUCUAAAAACAAGGCUGUUGAGGAUGCAACUUUGUCAAAGCAUGCGCAUCCUGAUUCAGGUAAAAGACGCAGUUCUUCUCGAUAUGGUAGCACUUCAAGAAGAGCUGUAGUAACAAGCAGGCCCAGUUCAUCCGGUGAACCCAAUGACAUUCCCCAAAACCGACUAUCAUCAACCGGUGGUCGCAUGUCUACCACACAAAGAAUCCAACAUGCCUUGGAGGCCAAAACAUCUAGUCGUGCCACCACUGUUAGAGGAAGCCGUGAUGAUCACCCUCUUCGAAGUUUUGAACUCCUGUCCAUCAGGAAAUGAUGGGUGUAGUAUAUCAAUUGCAAGCCUGAUGCCUUUAAGAACGUACUAUCUCACUGUGUAUAAGGGAUUAUAUCAGCCCAGAUUCAAUGCUGUUAAAUUACUACAGCUCAUGCCCCUUCUCUCACCAUGUUGCCAAUAGUUUUUCCAACAUUGUUUUUCCUCCCAAGGAGUUUAUGGCCAUUCUAUCAGAAUUUUAUGUCAUGCGAGUUGAAUUUCUGCAAUCAAAGACUAAAGCGUUUUAGACUUAUUAAA